CGGCUCCUCGAGCGGGCGGCGGGAUGGCGCAGACGCACUGGUUCCGCCUUCCCACCAAUCUCGACCCUCGGCGAGUUCCGUUCGUGCGUGGAAGAGUCGAGACGGGAAGAGAGGCCGCGCGGUGGGCUCGGGCUGAGGCGCGCGGAGCGGUGGGCCGGCGACCGCGGCGAUGGCCGACUCGCAGCUGUUCUGCGUGGCGGAGGAGCGCAGCGGCCACUGCGCCGUGGUGGACGGAAACUUCCUCUACGUGUGGGGGGGCUACGUGGAGAAUGCAACUAAUGGAAGGAGAACUCCCUACCUCCAUGUCGGGAAGCUGUGGUGCUUGCAUUAAUGGAAAGCUGUACAUUUUUGGAGGAUAUGAUGACAAAGGAUACAGCAAUCGACUUUAUUUUGUUAAUUUGCGAACAAGAGAUGAAACCUACAUUUGGGAAAAAAUCACCAACUUUGAAGGACAACCACCCACACCACGUGAUAAACUUUCUUGCUGGGUAUACAAAGACAGAUUAAUAUAUUUUGGUGGUUAUGGGUGUAGGAGACACAAUGAACUCCAAGACUGUUUUGAUGUUCAUGAUGCAUCUUGGGAAGAGCAGAUAUUCUGGGGAUGGCAUAAUGAUGUCCACAUAUUUGACACAAAGACACAGACUUGGUUUCAACCAGAAAUUAAAGGCGGAGUUCCACCACAGCCACGAGCCGCGCAUACAUGUGCAGUUCUUGGAAAUAAGGGUUAUAUCUUUGGUGGACGUGUUUUGCAAACUAGGAUGAAUGAUUUGCACUAUCUCAACUUAGAUACCUGGACUUGGUCUGGAAGGAUUUCUAUUAAUGGAGAAAGCCCAAAACAUCGGUCAUGGCAUACUUUAACCCCAGUAGCUGAUGACAAGCUUUUCCUAUUUGGUGGACUAAGUGCAGAUAAUAUUCCAUUAAGUGAUGGUUGGAUUCAUAAUGUCAUAACAAAUUGUUGGAAACAACUUACACAUUUACCUAAAACAAGACCAAGGUUAUGGCACACAGCCUGUUUGGGAAAAGAAAAUGAAAUAAUGGUAUUUGGUGGGAGCAAAGAUGAUUUACUUUCCUUGGAUACAGGUCACUGUAAUGACUUAUUGAUCUUUCAAACACAGCCUUACUCACUAGUCAGGUCAUGCCUCGACUGCAUUGGUAAAAAUGCUAUCAUUUUAGAAAGUCAGAUAUCUUUAUUACCUCCUAAACUUCUGCAACAAGUACUCAAAAAAAUAACAUUUUGGACUGCAGCUAAUCACCGAGAAGAACAAAGAGUUCAAAAAGAAGAAACAAAAUAAAUAUCAGUGGAUCAGUAGCAAUUAAAUUGUUAUAUACUCUAUAUAUUUAAUGGGUUUAAACAUUUUAAUUAGACUGUACAUUUACUGCCCCACCCCCCUCACCCCCAAAUUGUAAGCUUUAUUUAAAGGAUAAAAUUUGAAACAAAAUGCUCUGUUAAAGUGAUUAUAUGGUAUGGUAUACAUGUAAAUAAGAUUUUAAUGCAGAUUAAUUUAUAUUUGUAUUUAUAAACCAAUUUCCUUAUAAGCUGCAGAAAAUUUAUGCUUUCUGAAAGUAAGUACAAUGUUAACAUGUUUAACUCAAUGUAUACUCUUUACUGGAAAGAUUAUACAAAUUUGAGAAUAAGAAAGUAUCCCAAGGACUUCAGAAAUUCCCCAGCAUAAUUGUACACACACACACACACACACACACACACACACACACACAAUGUAUCAACUUUCAGAAAGGAUAAAUUUUCUCAAGUCACCUUUAAAUUACCUUAGGUUUUCCUUAAAUAACUCAGUUAUUAAGGAACUUCUUCUUAAAUAACUAAUACAGCUGGCCAAAAAUUAUAAAAUAGGCAAACACCAGUAUGAUAUUAAAUAUUGAAAUACUGUCCUUUUAGCACUUACCUAGGAAAGUAUUUUUAGGCAUUAUUGUAACUUUUCCUCACCUCUAUUUGAGUAGGGGAAUAAAUAUCUUCAAUUGUCUCUUUUACUCCUAAGUUAUUAGUUUGUCUAGUUUUAUAUAUUUAUAAAGAUUAUGUUUUAAAGUAUAUAAAGUAGAGGCUUAUUCAUCAUAUAGGCUGUGAAAUAUUGAAAAGCAUUUAUACUUGUUAACUUUUGAGACAUCUUAAAAUACAUUCUGCUUUGGAAGAGUGAUCGUAAAGUAAGUUUUGUAAGUAAUGAAAUAGGAUAGUAAUCUAGUAAUUUGACUUUAUAGAAACCCCUCAAUUUGGCCCACACCAUUCUACAGAGCUGAUGCUCAAGACACUAAGAUGUUGAAAGUCUGGUAUCUUCUCUUUUAUUUUCAGCAUUACCAUCUGUACAGAAAGGGAACACUGUAUCUUUAUAUAACCUCAAAAUUGUACAUAUGCCAUAAUUAAGAAGUUUUUCUUCAUUUGAUUACAGUCAUGCCCUUCCAUUGAAUUACUAAUUACAAUUGAGUACUAAAAAGUUCUGUAUAUAAAAUUAUUCUCCACAAUAUCACCAUGCAAGCUAUAUCUGAAAUUUUAAAUGUUAGAAAAUAUAUAUUUCUAUAUUGAAAUAUAUAUAUAAUUUAUAAUGAAAACUAUAAUAGUUGUAGUAUUUCACUGAAUUUUAGAGAUAUAUUUUUUAUAUAUGUACUGUAUUUUGGAUGUGUAAAGCUUUGAUUUACUGAAAUAUUUUGUGUUUAUAUUUUAUUUAUUGUUCCAACUAUAUAGAAUUACUGUUUUCAUAGUUUUGUUCAUGUGAACUGGUCAUUAGAGUUAAUUGUGCAAAAAAAUAUUUCAGUGUAAGUUUUCCUUUUUUUUUUUUUUUUACUAUUUUUAGGCUAAAUAACAUAUUUUGAAAAUGAAUCUCACAAGUAAUAUACAUCUUAGAAAUAAUUAUCUUAUUACUAUGGACUUCAGUAUCAGCAUUUUUAUAUUUAAGGCAAAAAAAUACCAAAACCUAGUUGGACAGUGACAGAUGACGUUGAGUGGAAUGAACACCCUUUAAAAUGGCUUCUGGAUUAUGUGAAUGCCUUCUCCAGCCUCUUAGAAGAAACCUCUGUUUUUAAAUGAUUUAUUUGGAACGUUAAAAGUUGGAUUGAUCCCCCUCAAAAAUACAUACUCUUAUUCAGGCUUUAAGAGAAUGAAAAUCUACAUAAUAUCUUUAGCACACAAAAGUAGUGCUAUUCUUAUAUAACUUAAUAGACUUAUAUGUUCUGAGGCAGCCCCAUAGUAGGAGCAGCAGGGAAUUCUAAUCUUUGCCUUCAAUGUCCAAAUUUUGGCUUAAACCUGUGCUUCCUUACUAUUAGGAGAUAGAAAGAUUCUAGGAGCUAGCAAAGCCAGUUUUGAAGUUCCAUAGGCUGAGCAAUAUUGACUCCUCACUUCUUACCGGCUGAUGGUUUACUAUCAAAUUUUGUGCUGUUGACCUCCACAGUACGUAAGAGCCCAAGAAAACCAUAAUUUUACCUCUGAACUCUCCCUUACUGGCUCCCUCCUUGGAAGAUGACUCUAGAAGAGUUGAUGGGAUUUUUUUCAUGUGGUUCACAAAAUGCGUGUGCAGUCUGGUUCUACAGGAAAAAGAACCUCAGGAUAUUUUUCCAGUUGUCAAGAAGGAUUUUUUUUAUGGUAUUAUUAUCAUGUUUAAUAUGAUAUAAUAAACAGCCCAUCAAA